CGUUAGCCCGCGUUUGUCCACCACCGCUAGUCUUUACACCGUUUUAUAGCCCUGCGCAGCGCUGCGCACGACAGCGGGCAGUCCUGCCGAGUCAUACAGCCUCCGUCCUUGUGCAAGGCAUACAUAUGGCCGUGCACGUCUCCCGGGCCGAGUUCGAGGCCCAAGCGGGCCGUAGCACGCUGCCGACGAUCUCCUGUCCCGAGUGCGGCGUGCCCACGAUCGCGCGGGACGACGGAUUUCUCUGCCUCGACUGCGUGCGCGCGACGUACGACUGGCGCGCGCCUUUGGAGGCGCACCUGAAGAAGCACCCCAAGCUUUUGACUUUAAGGCGCUGCACGGGCUGCGACCGCGUCGAGACGACGGCGGCGAACAAGAAGGAGCGCCGCUGGGAACGAGGAGAUAGGGACACCGACGAGCUGCUGGCGGUCUUGUUGAGACGCGUCAAGGCGCAGCUCUUCGGGAAGAAGGCCCUGGAUCUGGUGGACGGUUUGUCCGCGGGCCUCAAGGCCGGCGACCCGCUCGCGCUCCGGGACGCGCGCCUCGUCUGGACGGAGCCGCACUCGCGGCGCCUGAAGUUGGAAGUUGACGUGGCGCACGCGUCCGUGCGCCAGCGCCUGCUGCUCGAGUUUGUGGAAGAGCGCUGCAAGUGCGCGGACUGCGCGGGCGAGGCGCGGGAACGGAGAAACCGAAAAAUGGGCAAGGGCGGCGGCGACUUCGGCGCGCGGGUUCAAAUAAGAGCGCACGGCGGCUCCUGCGCGCGGACGAUGCGGUCGCUCGAGGACGCGAUCCGCGCCAUCGGGAAAACAGGUUUGAUGUUCGGCGCGGCGCGCCUGCCGCGCGGCAAGGGCCUGGACGUGGACUUCGCGCAGGAGAAGGACGGUGAUAGAUUUGUCGACGAGCUGCGGCGGGCCGGGCGCGCGCCGCUGCGCGUCGCCUCCAAGACGCGGAAGCUCGUGACGCACGUAGCGACCCGUGCGGACGUAUAUUCACGCCGUCGAUGCGGCUCACCGGUCGAUGUGCCCACACAGGAUCCGAAGGCCAACACCGUGGAGUACCAGAAAACCAUUCUGCUGGAGGUGCCGCCCAUAUCAAAAUGGGACCUCGUCGUCAAGGAGCCGCGCGGCGGCGGCGGGCCGGCCCUUUACUUGGUGUCGUCGGUCCGGCGCGAGAUACGGCUGGAUCGCGUCGACGGCGUUGGUGAGGAAGAAGUGAACGGCGAGCAGUUCUUCCGCAAGCCCUUUGAGAGCGUGGCGUCGGCGGAUGCGUUAAUAGACGUGCGGGUCGUCGACGCCGUCCCGUUGGACGACACGAGCGUUAUGGUACAGCGGCACGAGGGCGACGCACCUGUUCAAGCUGAUGCGUCGCGGCUGCCCUUGGCGUCGCAGAAAUCAGACGCCGUCGUCAAGGCCUACGAUGUCGAGUCCAUCGUGGGCGCGGACGUCAAAACGAGCAGUCGCUACGUCCUCGUCGCGCCCGGCGGCAAGAGGGACGUCGGCGACUCCACGACGACGGCGUCGACGGUGCUCUCGCGGAAACAACAGCGCCACGCCAAACGGCGGGCGAACUCAUCAGCGUCGGUGGCCUCGGACGCCCCCACCGAGCGCGACUUCGGCGAGAUCGAGUUCCGCGAGCUCCUCGACCAGCCCGACGCGAUCCCUGAAGAAGGGGAAGAACUCGACUUGGAGCGCCUGCGCAUUGCGUCGGAGGACUCGGAGGCGCUCGACGCGGAAUUCUUUGGUGCGUAAGAUGUUGUGACAUGA